AUGGUCCAGGAAAGGAAGGAAGUAUUGCAUGUCCCCCCGAAUUGGUGGUCAGGAUAGAGAUAUAAUACUGGUAUCACCGCCAGCGAGCCUUGGACGGAAGAGCUUUUAUGUUCUGCUUCUCUUUCUUUCUCUUUGAACGUUGAGCUGCAUCUUUCUCUCUGCAUUCCUUCUUUUUCGAGUCGCCGCUAGUACGGUGUUUUCAUUCAUUUCUCACAACUUGGUCUGAACCCUAGAGGUUUACCGUUCAUUCUCUUUCCACCCCUGUUCUCUUCUCUUUGAACAGACUCACUCCCAAAGCCAUUCCUUACCAAACAAACAAACAAACAAACGAAACAAAACACGUCUCGAAACUUCCAGAAAAGAAAGCAUCGGAUUAAACAUCACAUCAAAUCAUCCAACCAUGCGCUCGUCAUUCUCAGCCGCUGCGGCAGCCCUUCUCGGGCUCGCCGGGUCGGCCGCCGCGCAGCUCCGGGCCACGGCUUACACGGACCCGCAGACCGGCAUCGACUUCCAACGGUACAAGCCCAACGCCUACCCCUACAGCUUCGGUAUCGCCGUGCCCGAGACCGUCGGCACCGACUUCAUCGGCCAGAUGGUCGUGCCCAUCUCGGACAAGGGCAACUGGGGUGCCGUCUCCCUCCGGGGAGGCAUGCUGAACGGCCUGCUCUUCGUCGCCUGGGCCGACGGCGAGACCAUCCGCACCAGCUUCCGCCUCGGCAGCGCCUACGCCAACCCGGACGUCUACACCGACACCGAGGUCAGCGCCGUGCCCAUCGCCAACGGCACCUUUGUCAACGCCACCCACUUCUCCUACACCUUCCUCUGCGAGAACUGCAUCAACGACAAGACGAGCCUGGCGGGCGAGUCCCCGAUCCUGGGCUGGGCCUUCUCCGACACGAGCCCCUCGCCCGCCUCGGACCCGGCCGCCGCCCUCAACUACCACUCAGCCGGCUUCGGCCAGUUCGGCCUCGACAUCGCCGGCGCCAAGUCGGCCAAGUUCGAGACCUGGUCCAAGUACGCCGAGGCCGUCGAGGCUGCCCCGGCUCCCGUCCCCGGCAACGGCACCACCACUCCGGUCCCGGGUAGCAACAGCACCAUCCCGACCCCCGUCGUCUCCAACACGACGUACGAUGUCAUUGUCGUCGGCGGUGGCCCCGCCGGCAUCAUCGCCGCCGAGCGCAUCGCCGAGAAGGGCGCCAGCGUCCUCCUCAUCGAGCGCGGCCCCGCCAACACGGUGCCCCUCGGCUCCAAGAUGGCUCUCCCCUGGAACGACACCCUCACCCCCUACGACAUCCCCGCCCUCGGCAGCUCCAUGACCAGCCUGUCCGGCACCUCGUUCUGCAGCGACACGGCCUCGACCGCCGGCUGCCUGCUCGGAGGCUCCAGCUCCAUCAACGGCCUCAACUUCAUCCACCCGCCCGAGCACGACUGGCAGCGCUGGCCCGCGGGCUGGGGCUGGACCGACGUCUCCGACGCCGCCGCGCGCCUGUACGAGCGCAACCCGGGCACCACGGAGCCUUCGGACGACGGCAAGUACUACGACGAUCUCACCUACCGGACGCUGUCCGGCCUCCUGGCCGGUAAGGGCUGGUCCGAGGUCGACUCGAUCGAGUCCCCCAACAAGAAGGACGCCGUCUUCUCGCGGCCCUCGUGGUCCAUCAAGGACAACCUCCGCGCCGGCCCCGCCCGCACCUACAUGCCCUUCGCCCAGCAGCUGCCCAACUUCACCCUCAAGCUUGAGACCAAGGUCGUCCAGGUCGUCCGCUCCGGCAGCAAGGUCACCGGCGUCCUCGUCCAGGCCGCCGACGGCAGCAGGCAGGUCAUCAAGAUCAACCAGGGCGGCAAGGUCGUGCUCGCCGCCGGCGCCAUGUCGUCGCCGCGCCUCCUCUGGAACUCGGGUAUCGGCCGCUCCGACGCCCUCGAGAUCGUCAAGUCCGGCGCCGCCUCCACCGGCGUCACGCUCCCGGACGAGGCCGACUGGAUCGACCUUCCCGUCGGCCACCACCUCCAGGACCACGCCCAGGUGAUGCUGCAGUUCAACUCCAAGGCCAACUUCACCGCCUACGGCUUCAACGCCAUCGCCUCGAGCCCCGUCCCCGCUGACCUCGACCUGUACAAGCAGGGCUCCGGCCCCAUCACCCAGGCCGCCCAGCGCAUGCACCUCUGGACCAGCGCCAAGGGCGCCGACGGCCGCACGCGCUACCUCCAGGGCACGGCGAGCGCCAUGGCCAGCGGCGUCGUCACCGUCCGCACGUUCCUGACCCACGGCACCUCGACCCUCGGCGAGCUCGGCAUCACCGCCGCCGGCAACACCGUCCUCAACACCAAGCCCUGGCUCAUCGACGCCGAGGACCGCAAGGCCAUGGCCGACUUUGUCCAGUUCUGGCUCGACCUCACCGCCGGCGCCAACUCCACCCUCAGCUACGUCACCCCCGGCGCCACCCCGGACGACAUCAUCGGCACCAAGAUGAUCAGCGGCGACCACUGGGUCGGCAGCGCCCGCAUGGGCGUCGACGACGGCCGCUCCGGCAACGGCACCGCCGUCGUCGACCUCGACACCCGCGUCUACGGCACCGACAACCUCUUCGUUGUCGACGCCUCCAUCCACCCGGACCUGCCCACCGGCAACACCCAGUCCAUCAUCAUGAUCACCGCCGAGCAUGCCGCCGAGAAGAUUGCCGCCUUCAAGGUCUCCGGCUCCGGCAACUCGACCGCCCCGGAGGCCAGCGACUGCGAGGGCGCCGCCGCCAAGAGGCGCUCCGCCCGCCGUUCCAUGCGCUUCAGGCGCAGAGCCCACCUGCACUAGGCUAUGUUACACCUUGAGUAGCAUGAUUUAGAGGGGGGAGAGCCCCUCAAAACGCUGAGUGGGUGUGAUCAUGACAGGUUUCGGUGAUGUUGGGACGGUUACGUGCCGUCCGCCGAGGCACUUCAGACGUACAUGUUUCGUUGUAGACUUGUGUAUAAAGCUUUUCUCCUUUUUGUAAAUAAACCAUUUCACAACACCCUGCUGCAGUUGUUGUCUUAUGC